GAGCCGAUAACGCCGUAGUGUGUAUUGUCCGUCCUCUCCGUCUCUUAGUUUUACCCACAUCUUCCUGUGAGGUUAUGCAAUUUUGACUGAGUGUUUUGUGACUUUGUUUGUACAAUGGUUCGUAGUUUCGCGCAGUGGACGAAGACUCUGAGUUUUCCAGCACGCUUGUCUCCUCAGAAGCAAUCUACCCCGAGUAUUCUGCCGGACAAAAAUGCUACCCCAAUCUCAAUAACUCCAGACAUAUCUGACAGUGAAAAGGAUAUCAUGAGCUCUAUGGUUUACUGCAUUCACCACAAGGAAGGAUGUAAAUGGAAUGAUCAACUCCGCAAGCUAAAGGCACAUUUCAACACCUGUAAGCAUGACGCCAUCCCCUGCACUAAUGCCUGUGGAGCUCAGAUCCCGCGAGUGCUUAUGGAGGACCACCUCAAGUUCACCUGUUCCGAGCGCUUGGCUCGCUGUGAGUUCUGUGGAACUGACCUGCCGGGGGCUGCACUCGAUAAACACACAGGAACAUGUCCCCUGGAACCACUCUAUUGUGAGAACAAGUGUGGAAUGAAACUUCAACGAAGACUGCUCGGUCGUCACAAACAGAGUGAGUGCAACAAGAGGCUCGUUGCUUGUCGCUACUGUACACAGAGCUACGUCGCUGAUACACUACAGACUCACCACUCUGCGUGUCUGCGCGCUCCAGUCCCCUGCCCCAACAGAUGUGAGAUGGGGAUUAUUCCCAGGGAAGACCUGGACAGCCAUCUCAAGGACCAAUGUGCCAGCCUGCUUACCCCUUGCACAUUCAAAGAGGCGGGUUGCAGGUUUAAGGGCUUGAGAGGAAUGGUGAUGGAGAGACAUUUAGAGGAGAACAGCCAACAACAUCUGGCGCUGAUGUGCAGUCUAGUCACCAGACAGCAGCACCAGAUCACCAGUCUCAAGAGUGCUCUGUCCCGGCUGUCUCUCAACCACACAGGUACACUGGUCUGGAAAGUCACAGAGUUCAGUGCCAAGAUGGCGGAGGCUCGUUGCAAGGAGGGUAUGGAGCUGGUCUCUCCUCCGUUCUACACUUCUCAGUUUGGCUACAAGCUGCAAGCAUCGUUGUUCCUGAACGGCAACGGCGCUGGAGAGAACACUCAUCUGUCUCUGUACAUCAAGUUGCUGCCUGGCGAGUACGAUGCAUUGCUCAGGUGGCCGUUCGCUCACUCUGUCGCCUUCACACUCUUCGACCAGAGCGAGAAGGCUUGCAACAUAGUGGAGAGUUUUGUCCCCGAUCCAACAUGGGAAAACUUUCAGCGUCCAUGCAAAGCAAGCGAACCUGACACCCUCGGCUUUGGAUUCCCUAGGUUUGUGUCUCAUGAAAGUCUGGGAAAACGCAACUUUACGAGGGACGAUACACUCUACAUCAGAAUCAAAGUUGACCCCAGCAAGAUUGUUGCCGUGUAAAGCAAUAUUAUACAAAUUCCUGCCAAAGUCAUUAGGUUUAUUUGUUAAUAUGUAUUUUUUUUAAAAUUAUAAUUUAACUAGGCUAUAUAAAUAGGCUAUACUAUAUUCUAAAUUUUGUUUUUGUCUUCAAUUAAUUAUCAAAGUAUUUAAAAUAUUUAUUGAUUGUUCAAUAUUUUUAAUGAUGAGAUGCAUAGCAUUAUUUUAUUAAUAUUAUUAUUAAAGACUCAUUAUUACAGUUUUUUUAAAAUGUAAAAAUAGUGAUAAAUAUUAAGACACCGAAUAUCAUGUGACCUGAAUGUAUCUCUACAACUUUUACUUAAACAAAAUAUGCAUAGUCUAUAUGUUGUAUCUAAAUACUACUUAAUCGUAACUAUUAAGUAGACUAACCAGUGUGCAUUCUAAUCGUAGUUGUUAUUUAGCAAAUCGAUCUCGUAGACCUGCUGCUAGACUUGUACAAGUUUGGUGUAAAUAGAAAAUAAGACCAAAGCAUUUUAUAUUAUUUUUGUAAAUACAUUUUUGUACAAACA